AUGUAUCAUGACUAUACCAAUACAGACAAUAAUAUUAACGUACCAAUGGCCUCUGACAAACAACUGAUGGAAUAUACGACUAGUUUCAAAAAGAAUGCCUCCCUGAGCGAAAUUACACAAGAAUUCAUUUAUCAUACGAAUCUGUUUUUGGAGUGGACGAGUGCUGACUUUAACAAGACUACAACCUCUUUUUCAUUCAUGUAUCUGUAUCUCAAUAGAAGGACAGCGUCGGAUGCAUAUGGAGUUUUUUGCUCGAGAUUUCAAACGAGCAAGAGAUUGAGCAAUCAAGAAGUGGAUGAUGUUUUACGUCUUUAUUUAUUUAUUUCUAAUGGAUUUUUCAUAUUCAUUUAUGGUGGAUUGCUUCUAUUGGCUCGGAUCGACAUGUAUACAACUACCAAAAUCAUCAAGCUAUAUCACAAAAUUCCCAAAGAUCUCAUCGGAGUCAUUUAUCAAGAUUUAUCUUUAAAGACUUCACAAGAUGUCAAGCAUAUGAAAAAGGGCGUCCGACCAAAGAAUUUGUUAAUCAUUUUUGCAGUAAUUGUGGUUUUACUUGUAAGCUUAAGCUUUGGAAUGAUGUAUUAUGAAAUGUCCAUCAAUAAUUUAACAAGCUCAAACACCAUGAUUAACAUUGAUACAACCACAUCCAUCAUGAGAGCGGUUGCAAGAACCUCUGUAAGAACGAGUGAAUUUUAUGCAUUCAAUGGAAUACCAUCUGGAAAAUUCAUCAAUAAUCCAGCGGUUGGAUCAGCAAGUCAGCUUGCAACUUUUAGAGCUGAUGUUAAGCAAUACACAACAGAUAUUCAAAACCUAUAUAACUCGCUGGUAUAUGGAGGUGAUGGAACAGAGUCUAUCAUUGGAAAGUAUCCAAGAGUGGAUGAUAUUGUGAAUGGAGUGUAUAAUUGUCAAAACAAAAGCUCAUGUAUGACUUUGCAAGGGCUCUUGUCUUCAUUUACUGUCCAGUCAGUGAAAUGGGGAGACGAUUUAUGGAAUCCUUAUUUUGCUCGUGACCCUACAACCUUCUUCAAAUAUUUAGAAUUGUUUAAUUUGGCGGAUGAUGUAUUCAACAGAAUGACUGAAUUUUUACAAACUCUUGUGGAUUAUACUCAAGUGAAUUCGAGAGCAUUUACCGUAUGCUUUUUCAUUGUUGGAGCUUUAUCGAUUAUCGUAUUCAGUUACCUUAUUUUUGAAGCUUUUAGAACUUAUGAUCAUCACAUUACCACCUUACGAACCUAUUUAAACUAUCUGCCCAUCGAAUAUAUAGAAAGCAAUGAAAGCUUGAAGAAUUUUGUACUCUAUCAAUCCCUCUCCCAAGAAGGGACAACGAGAAAGAAAAAUACUGAAGAUUCUAUCAAGAAUCUUUUGAAUUCAAUGGUAGAGGGUGCCGUGAUGGCCAAUGAAAAAGGAGAAAUAAUUUUGUUUAAUGAAGCAGCUCAGAAAAUGUUUGGCAAGAACAUUACAGAUGUUCUUGGAUUGAAAUUCUUUUCACUGUUCGAUCAGUCCUCGGAGAACUACUUGAAAAAGGUCACAGAACAUUGCAUAUCAAAGGUGGACACUGACGAAAAGCAUGGAGAAAUUAUUGAACUCGACUGUGUACGAAAGAACCAAACAAAAUUCCCUGGACUUGUGAAUCUUUCUGUCACACGAAAUGGAGAGGGCUCUAUUGUGAUUACAUGUUUUGUAAAAGAUAUUUCUAUGGAAAAGAAACAAAAUAGUUUACUCGCUGAGGAGAAACAGAACAGUGACAAACUUUUGAAAAAUAUUCUCCCAGAGGCAGUGGCAGCUAAAUUGAAAAGUGGUGAAACCUUUAUUGCAGAAAAAUUCAGUGACAUUACAUGCUUUUUCAGUGACAUGGUAAAUUUCACAAAAAUGAGCUCUGGACUGAAUCCAUCUGAGAUUGUAUUAAUGCUUAAUACUAUUGUGAAUGGAUUUGAUGAUCUUACUGACAAGUAUCAGCUUGAAAAGAUCAAGACCAUUGGAGAUGCCUAUUUUUGUGUGGGAGGACUUCAUAACAAUUCACAAUCGGACCAUCCAGAGAGAGUAUUGCGAUUUGCCAUUGAUACAUUUCUUGUGAUUCGUUCAUACAAUUUGGAGAAUAUGGAGAGACAAGUGAACAUUCGUGUAGGUAUUAACACUGGAGGAGUGGUUGCUGGUGUUAUUGGUCGAAAGAAAUUUGCCUAUGAUUUGUGGGGAGAUACCAUUAAUACUGCCUCGCGCAUGGAGUCGAAUUCUCUACCUGGAAGAAUUCAAAUUUCUCGAUCUACCUAUGAAAGAGUGUAUGAUCUAGAAUUGGAGUUCGAAGAGAGAAAAAUCGAAGUGAAAGGAAAAGGUCUCAUCAACACUUAUUUGUUGAAAGAGAAAUAUCAUGUCCAAACCCUUGUUCAACCUGUUGAGACUGUCAUCACUCAAAAUGCUCCAUCUGAACAAUAA